AUGGCGACUAAUGUCGGCGGCAUCGAGAUCCUCUUCAAAGAAGCAAAUCGCGACUUCAGCCAGCGUUGGUAUCAAUUUGGUCCCUCCAAACAAAUUCUUGCCAGCGGAUGGCGGAAAGCUGAAGGAAGACGUGCAUUGGACGAAGACCUGUUGUUUGAGAGAGACAUUCGUAUCCCUCUGCGAGACGACGCUAUAAUCUGGGCGGAUGUAUUUCGACCUGUCCAGUCGGACAGUCAACCUGUUCCGGCCAUAUUGGCAUGGAGUCCUUAUGGAAAGCAAGGAAAUGGCUUCCAGAGCCUUGAUAAGGUCCCCUGGCGGGCUGGUAUACCAAGAAAUUGGACCAGUGACCUCGAAAAAUUCGAAGGCCUAGAUCCAGCGGAAUGGUGUCCUCGAGGUUAUGCGGUUGUCAACGUGGAUUCUCGUGGGGUAUUCGACUCUGAUGGAGACAUGUAUAUGCUAGGAACGCAAGAGGGUCGAGACGGAUAUGAUGCCGUUGAGUUCGUCGCUGCCCAGCAGUGGUGUAACGGGGCCGUUGCUUUUGCCGGCAACUCGUAUCUAGCUGCCGCCCAGUGGUUUAUUGCCGCAGAGCGACCUCCUCAUCUGAAGGCCAUUGCUCCCUGGGAGGGUAUUGCAGAUUACUAUCGUGAACUGCUUGGCAGAGGCGGCAUCCCGAACUAUGCCUUUGUCGACUAUCGUGGGAGCGGCUACUGUGGCAAGAACCGGCAGGAGGAUACAGGUGCCAUGACCCGUCAGUAUCCGCUUUGGAACCAGUAUUGGGAAGACAAAAGUGCAAGAUUCGCUCAGAUUGAUGUUCCCAUUUACGCUUUGGCGAGCUUUUCGACGAUGCUGCACACCGAAGGUACCAUCAGGGGCUUCUUGUUCUCGUCAUCCAAAGAGAAGUGGCUCCGAAUCCACCACACUCAGGAGUGGUAUGAUAUGUACCAGAAGUGGACAAUCGAUGACCUGCAAAAGUUCUUCGAUCGAUAUCUCUACGGAAAGGUCAAUGGCUGGGAGUCUACUCCUAAAGUGCGGCACAGCUUGCUCGGUUUUAAUCGUGAAUGUAUUGUGAACAGAGCUGAGCCCGUGUACCCACCCAGCUACGUCAGGCAUCGAACUUUCUUCUUAGAUGGCAAGACAGCAACGAUGAGCGAAGGCGGUGCUCCCAGUGAGGCUUCUUCGACUGCCUACCAAUCCGACUCCUGGGAUGACGACGGCGCGCACUUCGUUCACAAAUUCAGCACCUAUACCGAACUAAUCGGCUACUCCCAGGUCAAAUUGUAUAUGUCCUGCGCUGAAGCCGAUGAUCUAGACGUCUACGUCAUCUGUCGAAAGCUCGAUGCAGGCAGCCAGCCAUUGAUGCAGUUGAACAUUCCUCUCGAUGCUCUCCCGGCAGGGACCAAGGCCGAAGACGUCCCAAACCUCAACAUUUUUAAGUACUUGGGCCCGAAUGGCAGACUUCGAGCUUCUCACCGGCAAUUGAGCGCUGACCCGACUCUCACCGAGGAGCAGACCGCGAUGCUUGCCCCAGCGGUGGCGUGGCAUCCUCACGACAGCGAAGACAAGAUUGCUCCGGGUCAGGUUGUUUGUCUCGACAUCCCCCUGUGGCCCUCCGGCAUCAUUUUCGAACCUGGAGAGUCCAUCCGGCUAGAGAUAAAGGGCCAUGAGGUGACGCUGCCAGAAUUCCCUGCUCUGGACUGUAUUCCUGGAAAUCUCAACCGUGGCAAACAUGUUGUCCACACCGGGCCGGAGUAUCCCUCCUCAAUUGUGCUGUCUCUGGCCUCUAGUGAUUCUGCUAGAUAA